AUGACUCCAAUGGAAAGAAGGCUUCUUAAUGCCUCAAGUGGUGGGUUUUUACCAGACAAGACUCCCACAAAAAUCCGCAACUUAAUCAAGAACAUGGCUGAAGAUUCUAAACAUUCAAGUCAUGAUGAAAAAUGCCCACACCACACCCUUGUGGUAUUUGCACUCAAGUGGGGCACACAACAGACAUGUGCCCUCAACUUCAAGAUGAGGAUUAUGAAGAAGAAAAAGCCAUGGGAGGCUUUCCUGGGUCAAAUCAAAGGGCAUAUGAGCAGCCACAAUGUGAUCAGAGAUGGAACAGUAAUCAAGGCUAGGGAGGAAAGAAACAUGGAGCCUAGGCCACCACCACAACAACCUCCACGAGUGGGUUCAUCAAGUAUGUCAUUGGAGGAUAUUGUAAAAAGUCUUGCCACUAGCACUAAAAGUUUCCAACAAGAAACCAAGGCUAGCAUAAAAAUAUUAGAGCAACAGGUGUCACAACUUGCUCAAUCCAUGGGUAGGAUGGAAUCACAAGGCAUGCUACCUUCCCAAACUGAGAAGAACCCGAAACAUAAUGCAUGUGCCAUUACUUUGAGAGGAGGAAAAAGCUAUGAAGGCCCAAGGAUUCCGAAUGAAGAAGAGGAAGAAAAGGAGAUUGAGGUGGAAGAAGCUGUCAAAGAAGAGGAAAGGAAGAAUACUUCAAGAUUAACAAUCACAAAGAGGGAACGUGAAGAUGAUGAGAUCAUGACCAUGUUCCGGAAGGUUGAAACCAACAUUCCCCUUUCAGAUGCUAUUACACAGAUUCCUAGAUAUGCUAAGUUCCUUAAGGAACUUUGCACAUUUGAGAAAAAGCUUAAAGGAAUUCAAACUGUGAAGGUUGGGGAAGACAUUUCAGUCGUGUUACAAAAAUGGCUACUGAAGAAAUGCAAGGAUCCAGGUGUAUUCAUGGUUCCUUGUAAAAUGGGUAACCUUUUUGUGCCACGUGUGAUGCUUGAUCUUGGAGCAUCAAUUAAUGUUUUACCCUACACAAGCUAUAAAACAAUGGUAAUUGGACCUCUAGCCGAAAUCAUAGUCAUAAUUCAACUUGCCGAUCGAUCUUUGGCACACCCAAAAGGUGUAUUAGAGGACGUAUUAGGGCAAGUCAAUGAACUUGUGUUUCCUGCUGAUUUUUAUGUGCUUGAUAUGGGAGAUGAUGACCAAACCUCAAGUUCCAUACUUUUUGUAACACCCCAAAUUUAG